AUGUCAAACAAAGAAUACACAACAAUAGUCAUAGAUGCAUCCAAGUCAAUGGACACCAAGCUGAUACCAUCACUGGAUGAAACUGAUUUCCAAUUGGCAUUAAAAUUUACAAUGAACACAUUCAACAAACAAUUAUUGAGAAACCGUAAGCUGGAUAGAUACGCGUUCGUGAUAUAUACACCAGCAGAAAUCAAAUUCCUAUAUUCCAACGAGCCGAUAACUCUUUCGAGAGUAAAAGAGUACUAUGCAGCGCUGUUGAAAAGUCAUGCAGAAGCUACUGAUCUGAAUGGAGAUUAUGGUCUUCUUGAUGCAUUUGCAGAUGCACUAAAGAACCAGAUUGCAAAUAAAUUCAUUCGAAACAUAUACGUUGUGACUAAUGGUGUGGCAUACUUUGAUGACCCCAACAAAGAUUUCGAUAAAUUGAGAAACAUUUCAGAAAGCUAUCCGGUUACGACAAACUUGUUGUUGCUCAAUAAUGAUCACAAUGGAGAAAUGAAACAAUACUGGGACGGCUUAGCCAGUACCUUCGACGGCAGAUUCAAUAUCUUUGAUUUUGAGCAAUUUGCUACAAAGGGACCACCGGUCAAGUUAAUUGGACCCCGCUGUAUGACGGAUUGUUCUUUGUCAUUUGUCCAGGGAGGAUUACAAAGCGACGACAUUAACCUCAAGGUUCAGGUGUAUCCAAGUAUCAGAAGCCAGAGUCAAGUUCAUGGUCACGAGUAUAUCCAAGAUCCAAAACUGAAAAAUAUAGAACGCGUGAAACGUGAUACCAAGUACUAUAUUAAUGGUGAUACUGAUAUUGCUGACGAGAUUUUUGAGUCUACAAAGUAUAAUGACAAGUCUGGAGAUGCAGAAGAUGACAGGGUGUAUGUGAAUAAUUCCGAGUUUACUUAUGGGUUCAAGUACUCCCAGAGAAAUGUAGUUGCAUUGUUACCAGAGUUGGAAGAGGCAGCAACUUUUGAAACGUCACCUGGAAUCAAUAUUAUGGGAUUCAUUGCAAGAACCAAAUUACCAGUCGCAUACUUAACAGGCGAGCCUUCUUAUAUUAUUCCCACCGCAAAGUCUGAAACUGAGAAUAAAGUGACAUUUAAUUCGUUCGUCCAAGCCUUGCUUGAUUUAAAGUGCGCUGCGAUAGUACGUUAUGUCCAGAAAGAGACUGAUGAAGUACAGAUAUGUUGUGCACUUGCUCAAAGGUUAAAUGUGGGAGAAAAAUGGGGGCAUGGGCUUAUACUCCAUAGAUUAGCAAUGAAAGAGGAUGAGAAAAUUGGUAAAUUUCCUGAAUUUAAAUCACCCCGACAAAGCACACUUGAUUCGGUGAUGGCGGACUUUGUCACAAGUAAGAAAUUACGGAACGACACGGCUGAGCCAGAUGUGUUGAAUAAUUUAAAGAUUGGUCUUUUGGUGUCUAAACCGUUCACCCCACUAGAGGACUUGACAACCUCGUUGGAAAACACUCUCCUCUCGUCAUGUCCUGCCACAAAAAGAUUAAAUUACUACACCGAAAAGAUUCUCUACAAGUCGUUGAAGGAAGGUCUGUUGACUGAAUUUGUGGAUCAAGAUCAAUUUAUUGAGAAAUAUCUUACAAGCGACGAAAAACAUACGUUGCUUAAUCUUGACAAUAUAUUUGACGUGAAGGGAAAUUUCCUAUACAAAGAAAAUCCAAAGAACAUGAAUGUCACUGAAGCCAAAUUAAAGUCUGGGUUCGACAUCAAAUUCACGACGCAAGCAAAACCAAGCCGCAAGAAAAGGAAAACAGAGUCGGUGUUUGGUUUCGAAAACAACGAUCAUUUUGACGAAUACUUUGAUAUAGACGAUAUAAUAGCGGGGUAG